AUGUACAUUUAGUUUAUUCUUAAUUAUUAGGGAAAUCAAGAUCUCAGAGACGAUGAAGAAGAAAAGCAUGGUCAUGUAUCUGAAUGCUAAUGGAUGGAAAUUAGACUUCAAGGUAAACUUCCUGAGAGAAGAUCUAAUCACUCAUCUUUUGUCUAUGAGGGAAAUGGAAACAGAAGUUACUAUAUUCACGGUGGAAGAGAUCUCAAGGAAGGUGCUCUAGAUAAUAUGUGGAAAUUAGAUUUAAAUGAUCUAGAAAAAUUAAUGGCAGAUCCAUAUCACCCAGCUUAAUGGGAUCUUGUUAAUUUCAAAGGAUCUGGACCUUCAAAGAUCUCUCAUCACACUUGCACAGUUUCUGGCGAGAAAAUGAUACUAGUUGGAGGACUCCAAGGUGACUAGAGUAAUAAAAAUGUUUAUAUAUUUGAUGUAUUGACUCAUACCUGGUCUUAGGGAGAUGUUCCACUUCCAAGAGAUGAUCAUUCUUUAAGCAUUUGGGGUUCAGAUUAUGUAAUUUGUGGAGGGUUUGUUAAUGGAUCAAGAGUAAAUGACGUUUAUCAUCUCUAAUUUAAUGCAGCUGCAAGAACUGUUGGAUGGGCAUUGCUGUACACUGAUAAUAAAAUUCCACUAACAAGAAAUUCUCAUACAUCUGUCAUCAAUGGUGAUACUCUAUACAUUAUGGGUGGAUAGGAUGAUGAAAACAACAAACUUGAAGACUUAUGGGAACUAAACCUAGGUACUAGACAGAUGAAGCAAAUUCAUUAUAAUUAACCAGAUGGAUACACAGUUGGUAGAAGUGGGCACACAGCUGUGACUUAUAAUAACAAAAUGUACAUCUUCGGAGGUAUUUUAGAAGUUACCAAAGAGCUCAAUGAUCUCCUACAAUACGAUUAUGCUACUUAAACUUUCAGCAUUAUUGAUCAAAAUGGUGAAGGUGAAUAUGGAUAUCAUUCAAGAUUUGAAGAGACAAACAAUCUUAACGCUCCACUCAAGAAUGUAUCUCACCAUGAUAGCAGCUCUCCGAAUCAAAGAGCUAGAAGAUAAAAUCAGAGUCCUUCAAAGAAAUAGAGCCAUACUAAUACAUCACCUCAUAAAAAGGUUACUCCUUAAAGUGAUAAGAAUAAGGAUAAAAAUGGUUAAAAAGAAGAACAGAAGGGGUUGAGCUCACCUACAUCAAUAUCUAUGUACAAUUCAUUUAUUAUAAAGAAUGCUGACGAGAGCUUCGAUUAAUACUACCACUCCAUGAAAAAGAGAAAGCAUGGAAACAACACUGUUAUGGAGCAAUCUAUGAUUGGAGGAGGCUAGGAAGCUAAAUUUGGCGUAGUUAGAGGAAAGAAACCAACUCCAAGAGAUGGCCACACUGCUAAUGUCGAUAGCAAUGGAUAUAUGUAUGUAUUUGGAGGAGAUAGACAUCACAUGCCAUUUAACGAUUUAUAUAUGAUUAAACUCCCAAGAAAUUGA